CGCGUCUGUGUGACGUCACACAGUUCGCCAUUAUUUUAACGAGUAUGGGGGACACCUGCUGCUGUGGAAGCAUGUGGAAUAUACCAUUGUCACGGACGGACAUUGUAUCGACGUGAAAUACGUCUCCGUUAAUGGAUAUCGUACCAGAGCAAAAAGAAUGAGGCUAGUUGUGGAUACUACCUGUUCCCGUGGAGACCAGAAAGCUUCACGCCGCCUUACCUGGAAAGUUCCACCCAGUCAGAGGCAGGGGGUCGGGGGAGGGAGGGCUCCAAGACGCCCUCUGCCGGCCACACGGCGCGCAUACAGCCGCCGCUUCUCUCCGGCGCCGCUCCAUCCACGCACAGUCAAGACUCACUCACGGUCCUCCUUCCAGCGUGGACGCCAGCCGAGGACCGAGGAGGAGCAGCUUCACCGGGCGACUCUCGCCCGCAGACCCCCCCUCCCCCCCGGAACACAAAAGGACACCUUGGCGGCCAAAGUGACGGCAGAGACAACAUCCGAAGAGUUGAACCGCCACGGAGCGUCGACAUGGAUAAAGUUCUCCCUUGUUGGUUGGCCGCCAUCACGCUGCUGCUGUCCGCCGAGGGAGAAGUUUUUAAAGGCGACUGCAACUUUGCCAAGCCACUGGCGGCGUGCGGGUACAGCCAAGGCCGGGACGACGACCUGGACUGGGAGCAGGUUAAUACCAGAGACAAGCCUUCCUCUGAUCCGUGGAUGCCCUCAGGUUCUGCCUUCAUGAUGGUCAACACAUCGGGACGCUUCUCCGGGCAGAAGGCGUUGCUGCUGACCCCCCAGCUGAGGGAGAACGACACCCACUGCGUGAUUUUCCACUACUACAUCGGGGGCAGGGACAACAGCCACCCGGGCCACCUCAACGUCUACAUCAAGGAGAACAACAGUCCCACGGGAAUGCCCGUUUGGAACGUGUCCGGCCCGGCGUCCCGCUCCUGGGCUCAGGUGGAGCUGGCCGUCAGCACCUACUGGCCCAACUUCUACCAGAUCGUGUUUGAAGUGGUAACGUCCGGGCAGCGAGGCUUGCUGGCCAUCAAAGACGUUGUGGUUCAAGGCCACCAGUGCAUGAACACGCCACACUUCCUGACCAUCAAAGGAGUGGAGGUCAACGCCGGACAGACGGCUUCCUUCCACUGCACCGUCAAUGGACGCAAGAGGGACAAUUUCAUCCUCUGGCUUCAGCAGGGCAUGGGGGGACGGGAGGCCCCCAUGAAGGCCACCAAACCUUGGAACAACCGCCGCUUCAUCGGCACGUUUGACGUGGAGAACACCACCAAGGGCGACUCGGGACGCUACCGCUGCAUCGUGCACUCGGACAAAGGGGUCGGGGUGUCCAACUAUGGAGAGCUGACCAUAAAACAGCCUCCGGUGCCCAUCGCGCCCCCCCAGCUGACGGCGGUUGGCGCCACCUACCUGUGGAUCCAGCUCAACGCCAACUCCAUCAACGGCGACGGCCCCAUCGUGGACCGGGAGGUGGAGUACCGUACCGUGUCGGGUACCAUGUACGACCUGCAGCCUGUGGACAAAACCACACACAAGAUUGGCCACCUGGACCCAGACACCGAGUACGAGAUCAGCGUGCUGCUGACCAGGCCUCUGGAGGGCGGCACCGGGGCGCCCGGACCCCCGCUCAGGGCCCGAACCCGAUGUGCCGAACCCAUGCACGGCCCCCGGCGCCUGGAGGUGCUGGACGUCCAAUCCAAGCAGGUGACGGUGCGCUGGGAGCCGCUGGGCUACAACGUGACCCGCUGCCACAGCUACAACCUGACGGUGCAGUACCGCUCCCGGGCGGGCGGCAAAGACCAGACCCGCGAGGAGGUCUGCUACGACACCCAGAGCCGCGACCCCCAGCACACCAUCCACAACCUGACGCCCUUCACCAACCUCAGCGUCAGGCUGGUGCUGCGCAACCCGGAGGGGGUCAAGGAGAGCGCCGAGCUCCGGGUGCAGACCGACGAGGACGUGCCGGGCGCCGUCCCCCUGGACUCCAUCCAGGGCAGCGCCUACGAGGAGAAGAUCAUCCUGACGUGGAGAGAACCCGCUCAGACGUACGGCGUCAUCACGCAGUAUGAGAUCUCCUACAAGGCGGUGAGCUCCUUCGACCCCGAGCUGGACCUCUCCAACCAGAGCGGCAAGGUAGCCAAGCUCGGCAACGAGACCACCCACGUGUUCGCGGGCCUCUACCCGGGCUCCACCUACUCCUUCACCCUGCGUGCCAGCACGGCCAAGGGCUACGGCCCCCCCGUUGUCACCCAGUUCACCACCAAGAUCUCAGCUCCGUCCAUGCCGGCCUACGACCAGGAGACGUCCCUGAACCAGACAGACAGCACGGUCACGGUGCUGCUGAAGCCCGCGCAAAGCCGGGGCGCCCCUGUCAGCGCCUACCAGGUGGUGGUGGAGGAGGAGCGUCCUCGAAGGUCACGGGGCACGGCCGAGAUCCUACGCUGCUACCCGGUCCCCAUCCACUUCCAGAACGCCACGCAGCUCAACUCGCAGUACUACUUCGCCGCUCAGUUCCCCGCCGACGGCGUCCACUGGCCCCAGCCGUUCACCGUGGGGGACAACAAGACCUACAACGGAUACUGGAACGUUCCUCUCCUGCCCCAGAAGAGCUACAGCGUCUACUACCAGGCCGUCAGCACCGCCAACGGGGAGACCAAAAUCGACUGUGUCCAGGUCGCCACCAAAGCUGCCAUCCUGGUGACCCAACUCACCACGCCGUACCUCCGCAUCGCACCGGCGGCCGGCGACAGCCAACUGACAGGGGCAGCGACCCACAAGCCCAACGCCGUGGAGCCGGAGAAGCAAACUGACCACACCGUCAAGAUCGCCGGGGUCAUCGCCGGCAUUCUCCUCUUUGUCAUCAUCUUCCUGGGGGUGGUGCUCCUCAUGAAGAAAAGAAGAACCUAUCACUCCUACACUUACUACCUGAAACUGGCCAAGAAGCGCAAAGAGACACUGAGCAGCACACGGCAGGAGAUGACGGUGAUGGUCAACUCCAUGGACAAGAGCUACACGGAGCAAGGCACCAACUGUGACGAGGCGCUGUCCUUCAUGGACACCCACAACCACACGCGCAGCGAGGGCGCGCUCACCCUCAACACGCGCAGCGAAUGCGCGCUCACGCUCAACGGCCGAGCCCCGUCUUCGCCUUCUUCCUUCACGCUGCCCAAAGCCAACACGCUCAACGCCGCCAUUCCCAGCAGCGCCUUCUACCCAGACCCGUUUGUGCCGACCGCCAUCUUAGUGCCCAUUAAUGACGAGGGCCAGAACAUGAGCAGCGACACCAGCAGCCUGGUGCAGUCCCACACCCACUCGCUGAGGAAGCGCGAGGCCGUGGACCCCCCCUACCAGAGCGGCCAGCUGCACCCCGCCAUCCGCGUGGCCGACCUGCUGCAGCACAUCACGCAGAUGAAGUGCGCCGAGGGCUACGGCUUCAAGGAGGAGUACGAGAGCUUCUUUGAGGGGCAGUCGGCUCCGUGGGACUCGGCCAAGAAGGAUGAGAACCGCAUGAAGAACCGAUACGGGAACAUUAUUGCAUAUGAUCACUCCCGUGUGAGGCUGCAGGCCCUGGAGGGGGACCAGAGCUCCGAUUACAUUAAUGCAAAUUACGUUGAUGGAUACCACAGGCCAAAUCACUACAUCGCCACUCAAGGCCCCAUGCAGGAGACGGUGUUGGACUUCUGGAGGAUGGUGUGGCAGGAGAACACGGCUGCCAUCGUCAUGGUGACCAACCUGGUGGAGGUGGGCAGGGUGAAGUGCUGUAAGUACUGGCCAGACGACACCGAGAUCUACAGAGACAUCAAGGUGACGCUCAUCGAGACCGAACUGCUGUCGGAGUACGUCAUCCGCACCUUUGCUGUGGAGAAGAGAGGCAUCCAUGAGAUCCGGGAAAUCCGUCAGUUCCACUUCACAGGCUGGCCAGACCACGGCGUCCCGUACCAUUCCACCGGCCUGCUGGGCUUCAUCAGACGGGUCAAGUCCAAGACCUUGAGCAACGCUGGGCCCAUGGUGGUCCACUGCAGCGCCGGUGCCGGUCGGACGGGCUGCUUCAUCGUCAUCGACAUCAUGCUAGACAUGGCCGAGCGUGAGGGCGUGGUGGACAUCUACAACUGCGUUCGGGAGCUGAGGUCACGCAGGGUCAACAUGGUCCAGACCGAGUACGUCUUCAUUCACGACGCCAUCUUGGAGGCGUGUCUCUGCGGCGAUACCACCAUUCCCGCCGGACAGUUCCGCUCGGUUUACUACGACAUGAACCGCCUGGACCCGCAGACUAACUCCAGUCCCAUCAAGGAGGAGUUUCGGACGCUGAACAUGGUGACGCCCACACUGAGGGUGGAGGACUGCAGCAUCGCCCUGCUGCCCAGGAAUCACGAGAAGAACCGCUGCAUGGACGUCCUGCCCCCCGACCGCUGCCUGCCCUUCCUCAUCACCAUUGACGGCGAGAGCUCCAACUACAUCAACGCCGCCCUCAUGGAUAGCUACAAGCAGCCGUCCGCCUUCAUCGUGACACAGCAUCCUCUGCCAAACACGGUCAAGGAUUUCUGGAGGCUGGUCCUGGACUACCACUGCACCUCCAUCGUCAUGCUCAACGACGUUGACCCCGCUCAGUUGUGUCCUCAGUAUUGGCCCGAGAACGGAGUCCACCGCCACGGUCCCAUCCAGGUGGAGUUUGUGUCUGCAGACCUGGAGGAGGACAUCAUCAGCAGAAUAUUCCGCAUCUACAACGCAGCACGGCCUCAGGACGGAUACCGCAUGGUGCAGCAGUUCCAGUUCCUGGGCUGGCCCAUGUACCGAGACACGCCCAUGUCCAAGCGCUCCUUCCUCAAGCUCAUCAGGCAGGUGGACAAGUGGCAGGAGGAGUACGACGGCGGAGAAGGACGCACCGUGGUCCACUGUUUGAACGGGGGCGGCCGCAGCGGCACGUUCUGCGCCAUCAGCAUCGUGUGUGAGAUGCUGCAGCACCAACGCGCCGUGGACGUCUUUCACGCCGUCAAGACGCUGAGGAACAACAAGCCCAACAUGGUGGACCUGCUGGAGCAGUACAAGUUCUGCUACGAGGUGGCGCUGGAGUUCCUCAACUCUGGCUAACUGGACCGGACGGGACCCCCCCCCACCCUUCCUUUCACACUGCAGAGACUUUGACAUGUCCGACGUGUCCAACGUGCCAAGUGUGCUCGGCUCUGACCCGACACCCCCCCCCCUUUAGCCCGCCACCCGACAACAAGCAUCAAACAAAACACGGAAUGGGAAUGUCUUACGCUUGUGUAAAAUGAAAUGAGCCCAUUUGCUCCUGGUUCCCAACGGGGGGGGGGGGGGCAUCCAAGCGAGUCAACGCUCCAUCUGUGUUCUGUAAAGUUCUGACUCCUGCCAAGCUUUACUUGCACCCCCAUUGUACCCCUCUUGUGCAUAUUGUACAGAUUUGUCUAGAUUAUUUAUUGCCUGUAUGUUUCCUGGGAUUUGCUUUGCUUUUGUGACUGGCAGUAAGUGACAAUCAUAUGUUUUAUAGUUUGGUUUAUUUUCAUGUUAAUGUGUGCUUUUUCUUCCUCUUUUUGGUUUCAUUGUAUCACGGACUGUAAAGACACGAAUAAUAUAAAUGUAACUUACAAUAACAUGCUUGUUGUCAGGGUGUGUCUUGGGGAUGACAAAGAUGGCGCUAUGAGGACAUCUGGCGGCCGGGUGAGGAACUACAAGCUUGGGCUUGUUUUCCACAGAAAACAUGACUUAUUUCAUACAGAAUGUCGUAUUAAACGGCACAUUUGAAUCGUAGUUCCUUAUAAUUCGAUUAUUUCAAAGUAAUAAAAUUACAUUUAACAUGACACAACAUUACAAUUAACAUUGGGGAUUGUUUAGUAGUUAAGAUUCCAACAUGAGACUCAAAAGAAAUGUCAAUAUAUUUUUAGGAAAAGUAGCUUCCUUUGCAGGCCUGCCCAGGAAAAAGAUAUUUAUUUUGGUAAGGGAAAAUGUAGGCGCUUCCAUUGCAAUUAUAUUACCUUCAACGGUGGUGGAGACCUUCUUCAUUGGGGACGCCAUGUCUUGGCCUGGUAAUCGUCCACUUGCAAUUGUU